AUGAGGAUUCUGGCAGUGCUAUGGCUAUUCUUCCUGGUAAGACUAUGCGGUGCAGGACGUCGUUGCAAAGUGGAUACAUCCUUGUUUAAUGUGGAGGAGGAAAAGGAAGAUGGUGUAAGGAUUCUCAAGUUGACAGCAAAGGCUGGAGUCACCGCAAAGAAGGUAAAGUACGAUGGGGAAAGGGUCUGGAAAGAUGAUGAGAGAUCAUGUCUCUCAGCUAUCUUGUAUCUGGAUGGAGAGAAGCCCACUCUUGCAGUACUUGUUACCAGGAAUGCUAAGUAUAAGCUUAAAAGGGUCUAUAGAUACCAUAAUGGUAAGAAGUGGAAAAGGUCUAGGAAGAGUAAGCAUAAAAGGAAACUCAAGAAACUAAAGAAGAAGCUGACCGCUCUAAAGGGGAAAUGUAAACCUGCUGAUAAACCCGUAGAACCUCAAACCUUUCUAGCUGUUGCUCCUCCUCCAUUUAAAACUACUCCCAUCACUCUGGAUCUUGCGAGCCCUGACCAGUCAACGUUUGAGAUCGGGAAAAGUUUAAUUUAUGGAGUAAGUUACAGAGGAUUCAUACCAAAGGACGCCUUCUACAUCUUCUCUGUUAUGGAUGCUGGAGUUGAAGUUUGGACUGCUGGAACUGGAGAAACUUCUGGGCUUGUAAACUCUUACACAAAAGGAGACUCUUCUCUCAUUACCAUAGGUGUAGAUAAAGGUGAUGACUUGGAGCAUAAGCAUUUUGAGAAACUUGAUGGAAAAUGGAGGGAGGUUACACUUGGUGACUUUUUAAAUAAGCUAAAGGAAAUGAAUAAAUCCGGAUCAUCUCCUAAUCCUUUUACUACUUCACCUUUUUCUCAGUAG